CCCACCCCCACCCAGCUGCGCAGCUCUAUAUGAAUGGCGGACCCGUCGGAUGUGACAGUCUCGCUCUCACUAGCUUACUCACACUACCUGCGUCUGCCUCCUUAGUGUUCGAUGGGAGCGGUGCGUUAUCUCCUCUCUGGACUGUCCGCCAUUGAUAUUCAUCUCUGGGCAUGAGCUGACAGCGCGGAAGUUUCAGAUCUGACAAGGCUCACACUUGUUUGGAAGAAUCAUCAAGCAAUGAGGCAUGCAAAUGUGCAAAAUGUUGGUGGGCAGUCGAUGCGAAUCACACGCUCUAGGGCUAAAACAUUUGCCUCUUCUGAUGGACUGCCCCCUUUACAUCCUUCAGGCAUAGAGAAUGGGAAACAGGUUCAGCGAGCAAGCUGCAAAAGAGCAGCAUCAGAUGAAAACAUUCCACCAAGUGGUGCCCCUUCUUAUGUUCAACCGAAGAAAAGAGCUGCUCUUAGAAAUGUCACUAAUGUAGUCUGUGACAGUUCGUACUUGAACUGUAUGGCUGGAACUAAAGUUCAGGAUAAAAAAAUUCCACACAAGAAAAAUGCAAAGGUGAUACCUGGGGUGUUAGGUCAAAAAAGGCCACAUGUUACGGAUGAUAUGCAGGAAAGUACAACUGAAGAACCAAACAAAUUGAAGGUUGAGAAAUCAGAAUGUAGUUCAUACACAAACUGUAAGAAGAAUGCAUCACUGCAGCAAAACAAUCGUGCCACCAUAGGGCAAAGCAGGGUAUGUGGUGUUAUGCAACUAGUGAAGUGCAACUCCAAAACUGUUCCACAGCCGUCUACACCACAAAUCGAUGAUGGCAAAAUGUGCCCAAAGAUAAAUGACUUGGCUAGUCUGGGAAUUACAGAUAUAGAUACAAAUCACAUGGAUCCACAAAUGUGCACUCUGUAUGCUGCUGAUAUAUAUGCAAAUCUACAUGCUAAUGAGCUUGACCGGAGACCAUCUGUUGAUUACAUGGAAAAGCUUCAGCGAGACAUUACUGAAGGUAUGCGGGGCAUUCUGAUUGAUUGGCUUGUGGAGGUUUCUGAAGAAUACAAGCUGGUUCCAGACACCCUUUAUUUGACAGUGAAUCUUAUUGAUCGGUUUCUCUCAGAAAACUACAUUGAGAAACGAAAACUGCAACUGCUUGGCGUUACAUGCAUGCUAAUUGCUUCAAAAUAUGAAGAAAUUUGUGCACCACGUGUCGAAGAAUUUUGUUGCAUUACAGACAAUACAUACUCGAGAGAAGAGAAAAUGGUUGUAAGCAUAGAGCAUAACGGUGGUAUAAUCCAUGCAUCAAAAGAAUGUUCAAUGAAACUUUGUGUAUUCCAUCUUAAGACUUGUGUCAUGUCGAAAGGCUCAUUUACUUGGCAGGUUUUAAAAAUGGAGAGUCAUGUUCUUAACCUUUUGGACUUCCAACUUUCUACUCCCACAACCAAGAAAUUCCUUAGGAGGUUCGUUCAAGCAGCACAGACUUCUUAUCAGGUUCCUUCUGUUGAAUUGGAAUUCAUGGCAAAUUAUUUGGCAGAGUUGACUCUUGUUGACUAUAGUUUCCUUAAGAUUCUCCCUUCUCUUAUUGCUGCUUCUGCUGUAUUUCUUGCAAGGUGGACUCUUGAUCAGUCCGAACACCCAUGGAACCCUACGCUUGAGCAUUACACCAGGUACAAGGCAUUAGAGCUGAAAACUACAGUUUCAGCUUUGCAAGACUUACAACUGAACACCAAGGGGUCUUCCCUUAAUGCCAUACAUGAAAAGUAUAAACUACCUCAGUUCAAAUGUGUUGCAACUCUAACAUCACCGAAAGCAGAUGAAUCUCUGUUCUAGAAGUAUCAGACUCACCCUGCUGCUGCUGCUGCUGCUACUAUUGUCUAUUACUAUAAGAUGUCCUUCACAUACCUCCCUAAAUGUCAGAUAAGAGCUCUCAUUCAUUUGUUCAUUCCCCUCCAUCCUCAAAUGGCCGAUGUAUCUGUUAGAUCAAAUUUUGGUUCAAACGUUACACUUUCGGUAACGUGGAUUUUCAGAUACAAUUAUUCUAAAGCACGAUGGUGUUAUUAGGACUGUAUUUAGGAAAGCGUUGUAGUUAAGAAGAAAUCUAAAGCAGCAGAUGCAUAGUUUAGUUGCUGCAUUGAAGGAGCUAUCUAAGCUCCUUGUGUACAAACAAUUCCAACUCUUGUGCUAUUUAUCUCUUUUCAGUAUACUUGAUCCAUUACUUUUACGUGAAA